GGCAGAAUAAUCAAUUGCCCUGUUCUCUCUAUCCUACCCGUUGUCUCAGUACAAACAUUUCGCUACACCCGCAAUAACAUCUGCUAAAUGUAUGUAUGCGACUAAUACAAUUUUAUUUUAUUUUGAUUUGAAGUAAACUGUGGCGUGAAGUCGACUCGAGUGCGAAAGUGCGCAUUCUCCAGCACUCGCGUGUGUGGGAAACUUCAUUGGGUACGUUACGGUGUAUAUGGACACUUGUCUACCGGAUUUCUAUCACUGUUCUGAAAAAAAGACAUUCUGAAGAAAAUAUACUGUUUGCAGUGUUUUCACUGGACAUCUAGCCUACCUCAACACAGUUUGAAAGGACAUAAUACGUUUACGCUCUGAACAGGAUGACUAAGGUGAUUAACACACAGGAACCUGUGAUGGAGGACUUCAGUGUAGCUGCAGCUGUGUCAGGGGAUCAAGGCAUAUCCUUUCAGAUCUUCCCUGAUACCCAUGAGAGGAAUCCCAAGCUGUCCAAGAGACUUCCCUCUAUUGUGGUGGAGCCCUCUGUUGGGGGAAAUGUGGAGAGUGGGGAACUCCGCUGGCCCCCUAAGGAUCCCAACUCUGUUGAGGUCCCAAGUGGGAUACAGCCCUACAAACACACACCUCUUCAGACCACACAUGACCAGACUGCAGAUGAAGAUCAGAAUCUUGAGGUGCAGGACAGCAGUGAAGUGGUGUCUGGGGCUGUAGUAGAGGAAUCUAACUGAGAAGAUCAUCCAUCCACCUCCACAGCUGCUCUCGCUGUGAAUGUGUCCAGAGUAAGAUAGAUAGGCAUGGUCACGGAAGAGAGGGUAGGAGGUACUUGGAGGGUCGUAACCCUUACCUGCACACUGCCAGAACGAACACAUAGGAUUUAAUUUGGAUGUUUAAACUGGACAGCAAUCUGUAAAGCUGUCUGAAAUAUCUUGCUCACAUUUGCCAUACUACUGGUGGUAGCUACUUUGUGCAGUUUUCAUAUACAUGCAAACUAGAUCACAGCUACGCAGCACUCUCAAAGUUGCAAUAUGUAACUUUUUGGGCAACCCGACCAAAUUCACAUAGAAAUUUGAGUUUUAUAGACGUGAGUUUUAUAGUUGUAUAUUGUCAUUCUCAUUGGAAGCAAGUCUAAGUGUUAGAUAUGUUCUAGGUCCACUAUUUAUAUGCUUCCCAUUCUUAAGUUUUGUUUUUGUGUCUUUUGCUUUCGGUUUUGUACACCAGCUUCAAACUUAUGAAAAUACAACAUUUUUGGUUAUUGAAAAGAUAUUUCAUGGCGGUUUAGAUGCUUGUUUUUUCACAUAAACUCAAAUGAGGCAAACUAUUCUAAUUUUAAAAACCAGGAAAUGGCAGUGCAAUAUCUGUAUAUUGCACCUGAAUCAUUUUGUUUUCCUUGCUCUGUAGAAAUGCUGAUACUGUGUAAAAACAUGGAGUACUUUUUAACAACUGAGAUGUUUUUGAGAAGCAGCAUUUAAAGUUGUGUCCAGCAUAUAGACUCCAAGUCAAAUUUAAGAUUCAUAAAGUGGUGACAACUGUGGGUGUAGUAAAAAAAAUGACUAUUCUGGUUGACAGUUUUUUACGUCUGGCUUCAUAUGUGUAAGCGUAAUUUGUUUUCUUCAAUUUCUUCUACUAUAAAAAGCAACAGCUUAACAUCCAGAGAUAGUCCUAGUUGUUACAAUCCAUGACAGUGAAAAUAAUCUAUUUACUGCAACUGCAUUUUUCUAAUCUGCAGUUUUUAUAAACAAUACAAAUAUGAGUGCUUAGAUUGAAGCCUUGUGUAUUGCAUAAAUAACAGUCUUUAGGCAUGCCAAAUGUUCUUUUGUUACCUUGAUUUUUGUCAGCCUGUGCCUAUAUACCUAUCCCCCUCUCUCUCACCCCCUUCAUUUGUCGUUCUGCCCCUGAACAGGCAGUUAACCCACUGUUCCUAGGCCGUCAUUGAAAAUAAGAAUGUGUUCUUAACUGACUUGCCUGGUUAAAUAAAGGUAAAAUAAAAAAUAAAAAAUAUAUCCCCUCCCAACCACACACAAUCCUGGCUUGCAAUCCCCAUGUCUGAUGGCUCACUUGAAUCUGGUUUCCUGGUAAAAGGUCAGAUACAAUGUUUUCAUCUAGACAUGAGUGGCAGGGUCUCAAUCUUAUUUUUCCAUCUCUUUCCUUUUUGAAUGUGACAUUUCAGCUGACAAUUUAGUGAAGGUCCCACUCCUGGGAAAACGAGUGGGCAGGAUUGGAGAGCAAGGAGUGAGCCAGAAAAAAUAAUAUGGUGUAGAUAACCUUUUGACAUUUGAAAAAUAUAUAUAUUUUUGAGAAAUGGAAGAUCAAUACUGUGCACUAUUUAAGACUUGCAGGCCUUAAUGCUCAAAUCAGUUUAGUUUUUCAAAUCCAUUUUGGACUACUGUCUGUCCAAACAGCAAGUUACAAGUGAACAAAUCAGAUUUGUGUGUUCAGACAGCAGUCAGUUGCUGAUAAGGCUAUGCUAGUUGUCAUAGUAAUUGCGGGUGUGUGU